AUGUUUGCGGCCAUCACCGUGGGCAAGACGAUAGGGGUGCGACGUGCACAGCGCCUCGCCGUCGCGCGUUGUGCCGCCUCAUCGAUCACAUCUACCCUUUCGUUAGCAAGGUCACCCUCUGUUCGCACUGGGUACCUCUCAGCAUUGUGUGUCGCGACUCGCCGUUACACCAAUGUGCUGUACCGCCUUCCGCCCACCCAAACAAUCCCGACGCACUCCCCAUCUGGGGAAGAGGUGGACACGGAGCUUUUUGUCCGGCAGGUGAAGAACUUCUUUGACGUCUUGCGGCAGACGCAGCUCAUUGAGAUGGUGUACGAGAUGAAGAGCUGCCCCUACUACGAGUGUCUCUUCACCAACGACAUCUUCUUCCAACACUUCGAAAUGCUUCUUCUCAUGCCCAAGUUCGGCCGUGAGAAUCGGUCAGCGGAGAUGAGUGAGACGAUCCGGUACAUGCGUGGGUGGGGCGCGACGGCGGACGUGAACCACGUUCUACAGGACACCAAAGGUGGCCGAGCAAGCGGCAGCGACUUCAUCUCGACGACGCACGGUAUUCUGAUGGGUUACGGUACCCCACGCACGAACAAGCUCGCGAUGAUGACGCUGACGGGUGAGACCGCGGAGUCGGAUGCGCGCAAAGAAAACAUCCGUGCCUUGUCCGUGGAGCCGGUGGAGCUCCUUCCGGACAGCCCUCCGCUUUCUGACUUGCUGGCGUUCAGCGGGCAGCGCACCUUCGUAUUUGCCGACUCCGAUUACGGCCACCACGCGGUAAACCAAGCGGUGCAGCGGCUGCCCAAGGUGCUGUGGCAAACGAUAAAGCUGGAGCCGCAGUGCUCCUUCUUUUCGCACAUGGCCGGUGCGAACUACGUCUACGACGUGUUGUGUGAUCAAGACUUCCCUGUGUCGCUGGAGCGACUGGGUGAAUCGGGUCUCAACCCCUUUCCGGUAGAGUGGUCGGAGCCGCGCAAGUUGGGCAUCACGAUGCGCAGCAUCUGCAUGACGGCCCGCUUUGUGCGCGGCACGAUGAACGGCGGUGGCUUCGCCAACAGCAGCACCCAUCAAGCCGCCAGUUUCACCUACAACAGCCGCAACGUUUCGAAGAACUCGCGCCUGUUUGCGGGGGGCCACCGGAAGCACGGCGAUCAGUUGUCACCGCUGGCCGCGCAGUUAGAGGCGGGAGAAAUUCAGAAGCCGGUGUACCAACCUGUACCGCGGUACGCAGCGCCCUUGCACUGUCGCGGUUCGGUGGUGCCGGCGAAUGAGAGUUUUAGACGGCAGUAA